AUGAUCACUCAGACGUUUUUAUACUACAACACAUUCAAGAAGGAUAGGCUGUGGAUGAAAAUCUUCGUUCUGGUCCUUUUCAUUGCGGACACCUUGAACUCCGUCUUUGACUGCGCUUGGAUAUACCAAUCCCUUAUCCUCAACUUCGGGAACGCUCCGUUCCUGUCGGUAGCUAACUGGGUUUUCGGCACUGAUCCCGCCAUGACUGGAAUUAUAUCCACCAUGGUACAAUUAUUCUUUGCUUGGCGGGUUCGAGUCCUUACGGGAAGACUCCCGCUGGCGUUGGUCAUAGCUUUCCUAUCCAUUGUGUCCGGACUGUCUGGACUGGGUACCUCCAUUGCAGUAGGGAUCAUACCGGAAUUCGUGCAUUUUCAGAAGUUCCAAGUUAUCGUCAUUAUGUGGCUGCUGACAACGUGCAUCUGCGAUGUGGCAAUCACGGCAGCCCUGACUUGGCACCUGAGACGCCACCGAACUGGCUUCCCGGCCACGGACGAUAUCGUGAACAAGAUAAUCAGACUGACGGUUCAGACUGGCAUGAUUACCGCUAUUGUCGCCGUUAUCGACUUGGGCAUGUUCCUUGGUACAUCCACUGGUCUCCACCUGUCCUUCAAUUUCCCCUUAUCAAAGCUGUAUACCAACUCCCUCAUGUCGACCCUGAACUCGAGGGCUGGCUGGGGUAAGUACAGCCGGACGACAGAAAACAGCGAAGAGGGUGUCAACCAUAUCUCCGUGCCGAGGGACAUCACGAUGCGGAAGAGCGAGGUCGUGCAACUUGCUCAGGGCAGACCAGAGGUAUGGAGAUCUCUUCCCUUCACUAUGGUCAUAUAUGCGUACAUUGACUAG